CGGGGCUCGGAGUUGCAGGGGCGCGGGGCUCGGAGUGACGGGGGCUGGGAUCGGAGUUGCAGGGGCGCUGGGACUAGAGUUGCAGGGGCGCUGCGAUCGGAGUUGCAGGGGCGCGGGGCUCGGAGUGGCGGGGCGCGGGGCUCGGAGGUGCAGGGGCGCGGAGCCCGGAGCUGCAGGGGCGCGGGGCUCGGAGCUGCAGGGGCGCGGGGCUGGGAGCUGCAGGGCCGCGGCGGGGGGCGCGCCAUGGCGCGGGUGCCCGGGAAAGUUGGGUGGGCGCUGCGCGCGGGCUCGCUGGCGCUGCUGCUGGCGCUGCUGCUGGGCCGGGCGGCGCGGCCGCGGCGGGCGUCGGGGGGGGCGGGCGCGGGCGGGGCCGGGGGCGCGGGCGGGCGGGGAGGCGGGCCGUGGGCGCGGCGCUGGGCGCUGCCGGUCAGUGUGCUGUGCGCCGUGUCCUGCAUGGGCUGCUGCCUCCAGCGCGCCGGGGUGCGCCUGCCGCGGGCCGGGGCGCUGCUGGCCGCCGGCUGCGCCGGGGAGGCGCUCGCGCAGCUGGCGCUGGGCGUCGGGGACGCUCGCUCGCCGUCGCUGCCCGCCGCGGGGGUGGCGCUCGGCUGCCUGGCGGCCGCGACAUGGCUGGUGCCGAGGCUGCGGCCGGGCGUCCUCAUGAUCGCCGGGACUAGCGCGGUCCGGACGGUGGCCCUGGUCUCCCUGGAGAGGUUCAAGGUCGCCUGGAGACCUCACCUGGCGCACUGGGCCGGCGCGCUGGGGCUGCUCCUGGCCAGGUACUUGGAGCGGAUCUUGCCGCAGUCCUCGGGGGCCGCCCCGAGGGAGCGUUCGGGGUCCCCGCGGAAGGCCGGGGCCCGGGGGGAGAUCCCGGUGGUGCUGAAGAGGCGGCGGCGGUCCAGCUCCGUGGUGUCCGCCGAGAUGUCGGGCUGCGGCAGCAAGUCGCACCGGAGGACGUCCCUGCCCUGCAUCCCCCGGGAACAGCUCAUGGGGCAUUCAGAUUGGGACCACAAACGGGGCCCGAGAGGAUCACAGUCCUCAGGCACCAGCAUCACUGUGGACAUCGCCGUGAUGGGCGAAGCUCACGGCCUCAUCACAGACCUUCUGGCGGACCCUUCCCUGCCCCCCAACGUGUGCACGUCCUUGAGGGCCGUGAGCAACCUGCUCAGCACCCAGCUCACCUUCACGGCCCUGCACAAGCCCAGGGUGAACCCUGUCGUCUCCUUCAGCGAAGCGUACACCUGUUCCGACUCCGAGGAGAGCUCCGAAAAGGACAAGCUGGCUAUUCCCAAGCGCCUGAGAAGGACUCUGCCCCCGGGAUUACUGAGACGAGUUUCCUCAACCUGGACCACCACCACAUCUGCCACGGGUCUGCCCACCUUGGAGCCCGCCCCCGUGCGGAGGGACCGCAGUGCCAGUAUCAAACUGCAUGAGGCGCCUUCAUCCAGUGCUCUUGGUUCAGAUUCUUGGAAUAACCCAGUGAUGAAUACCCUCACCAAAAGCAGAUCCUUCACUUCAUCCUAUUCCCUCUCGGCAGCUAACCACGUAAAGGCUAAAAAGCAGAACCGGCCGGGUGCCCUCGUGAAAAUUUCACCUCUCUCCUCCCCCUGCUCCUCGCCCCUGCAAGGGACACCGGCCAGCAGCCCGGUCAGCAAAAUUUCUGCAGUGCAGUUUCCAGAAUCUGCAGACACAACUGCCAAAGCAGGUCUGGGCUCGCACAGAGCCUUGACUUACACUCAGAGCGCCCCGGACCUGCUGCCUCCUCCCCUGACGCCCCCUGCGUUAUGUAGCAGCUGUGGCAGACCCUACUCCCAAGAGAGUCCUGCGGACGGGCCCCUGGAGAGAAGCCCUGCAGCCGUCCGAGCUCCAAGCAGAACAGAUGACACAGCGCAAGUUACCUCCGACUAUGAAACCAACAACAACAGCGAUAGCAGUGAUAUUGUACAGAAUGAAGACGAGGCCGAGUGCCCCAGAGAGCCCUUGAGGAAAGCGUCUCCCUGCAGUUCCUACACACCUGACACCAUGAUGUUCCUGGAAAAACCAAUUCUUGCACCCGAACCUCUUGUCAUGGAUAACUUGGACUCAAUUAUGGAACAACUAAAUACUUGGAAUUUUCCCAUUUUUGAUUUGGUGGAAAAAAUAGGAAGAAAAUGUGGUCGUAUUCUUAGUCAGGUGUCAUACAGACUUUUUGAAGACAUGGGCCUCUUCGAAGCCUUUAAAAUUCCAGUUAGGGAGUUUAUGAAUUAUUUUCAUGCCUUGGAGAUCGGAUACAGGGAAAUUCCUUAUCAUAACAGAAUUCAUGCCACUGACGUCUUACAUGCUGUUUGGUAUCUUACAACACAACCAAUUCCAGGCCUCUCAACUGUGAUUAAUGAUCACGGGUCGGCGAGUGACUCAGAUUCUGACAGUGGAUUUACACAUGGACAUAUGGGAUAUGUAUUUUCCAAAAUGUACAACAUGCCAGAUGAUAAAUAUGGCUGUUUGUCAGGAAAUAUCCCCGCCUUAGAGCUCAUGGCCCUGUAUGUGGCCGCAGCUAUGCAUGACUAUGAUCACCCGGGAAGAACCAAUGCAUUCCUGGUGGCAACUAGUGCACCUCAGGCUGUGCUCUAUAACGACCGCUCUGUUCUGGAGAACCAUCACGCAGCUGCUGCAUGGAAUCUUUUCAUGUCCAGGCCAGAGUAUAACUUCUUAGUUAACCUCGACCAUGUGGAAUUUAAGCAUUUUCGUUUCCUUGUCAUAGAAGCGAUUUUGGCCACAGACCUGAAGAAACACUUUGACUUCGUAGCCAAAUUUAAUGCCAAGGUGAAUGAUGAUGUUGGCAUAGAUUGGGCCAAUGAAAAUGAUCGCCUACUGGUUUGUCAAAUGUGCAUAAAAUUGGCAGAUAUCAAUGGGCCAGCAAAGUGUAAAGAGCUCCACCUUCAGUGGACAGAGGGCAUUGUCAAUGAAUUUUAUGAACAGGGUGACGAAGAGGCCAGCCUUGGGCUGCCCAUCAGCCCUUUCAUGGACCGCUCUGCCCCGCAGUUGGCCAACCUGCAGGAAUCCUUCAUCUCGCACAUCGUGGGGCCUCUCUGCAACUCCUACGACUCGGCAGGACUCAUGCCUGGGCGGUGGGGGGAAGAAGGGGACGAGUCAGGAGACACCGAUGACCCUGAAGAGGAGGAGGAAGAGGAAGCAGCAGCUCCCGGCGAAGAGGAAGCCUGUGAAAACAACGACUCUCCAAAAAAGAAGACUUUCAAGAGGAGGAAAAUCUACUGCCAGAUCACCCAGCACCUCCUGCAGAACCACAAGAUGUGGAAGAAAAUCAUCGAAGAGGAGCAGCGGGGGGCGAACCCCGAGAGCCAGGCCCUGGAGCCCCCCUCGCCGCAGCACCCCUCGGAGCAGAUCCAGGCCAUCCGGGAGGAGGAGGAGGAGAAGGGCAAGCCGGGAGGGGAGGCGAGCCCCAGCCCAGAGCCCGGCCCAGAGCCGCACCCCUGAGGGCGGACAGGACGAGCUGUGAGGGGGGCGCGGCUCUGGCCCACUCUUUUGAAGCCAGCACAUGCUUAGACACGACACUGUAGAAACACGGGGAGACGGACACGUGGCGAGGGACCCGGUGAAAGACCCUGUCAGAGAAGCUUUCACGCCGCAACACCAGCUUCUACGGAUUUCUUUGUUGAAAGGAAGGACUAGAUUGUGUGUGUGUGUGUGCAUAAGCGCUCACGUAGAUGACUUGCAAAGCCUAGUGAUACACAGACACACACAGACACACGCCCCCGCCCUCCCCCAUCCAGACACACACACACACACACACGCACACACACACACACGAACACACUAAAAACCAGGAUUCUGGCUCCACGAUUUAGGAACAUUCAUAUAUUAUUGGUCACUGUGAUACAAUAAAACACAAAAGGAAGAGAAAGCACGGAGGAAAUGGUGUGGCUUAGCCAGAAAAAAAAAAAGAGGGCAGCACACGUAGGUUGCAACUCGGGAGCUUUGGUUCUUAGCAGCGAGAGAAGACGGUUCCAGAGCAUUAUUUGAAUUCUCAGAUAGCGUGCCAACAUCUGUGCGUAUGAGUGUGUGUGUGUGUGUGUGUGUGUGCGUGCCUGUGUGCAUGAGAGAGAGAGAGAGAGAGAGAGAGAGAGAGAGAGAGAGAGAAAGGGUGCACCUCAUGCAACUGUAUGUCUGCAUGCAUGUAGAGAGGAUUCUGUGAUUUUAGCCAUCCCUAGAGUCACAGCAGCAGAUGAGGGCACGUGAGCCGACAGAAGGAAGCCAUCGCGAACACUGCUCCCUGUGGCUUCCAGGAGGCUCCCUCUGAGACCUGGACACCCUCCUGCACUGGGUGACAGGCCACGGGACUGGCACCAGCCUUCGCAUCACUUGGAGGCGCUCUGUCACCAGCUUCCAACCCGGAAGACUGAAGCAUUUUCCCAUCUUCUUGCCCUGGAACUGUUGGGGGAAUUCCGUGGGGCCGUGGCUCCCCUAAGAUUAAAUCCCCCUGGAAGGAAGUGAGCUUUCUCCAGCCGAAACAACACCCCCGUUGGGUGGACCUGGAGUCAGAUCUCCUUGUUUUAGCUCGGAUUGGAAGAGGUUGCCGGAGUAAGGCCUGGAAAAUUGCUCGCAGCGAUGACCUUCCAUAGCUCCUUAAUGGCUGCCAUAUAAGCGGUAGACAAUUGGGAAAGAAAAGAAAACAAAAACCAGCCCAUGAUGUCUUGUUCGGGGGCGAAGGGGCUGGUUUGAGGAUGGCUUUGGGUGGAGAAAGCCCCGAGAGAGAGAGAGGCCUGCUCUGGGGUCCCACCCGCCGAAUGGGGUCUUCUCCCCUCUGUCAGUCCA